AUGGCUACAUUAUGUGAAGAUACCGGAUGGGGUCGUGUCAGUAGUAAAGCAGCCCAAAUUGUCGAUAACCACUUGGUCUGGAAAAAAAACAAUCGGGAAAAGAGAGCGCGAAUGAGAGUUUCUAUGGAGGCGAGAAAGUAUGGUCGAAAUGAAGAUGAUACUACACAACCCGACCACAGCAGCUCUGCGCCUGAUCAAAGCGCCGUCACAAAUGAGGCUGCAACAUCCUCAGAACACAGUGCUGUACCUAUAAGCGGCGACCAGCAUGCGGUCGGAGAUACGAGUGGUAGCGGAUUUGACUAUUCGCAAGAUGUCGCCACCAGUCGAUAUAACGUUCAAAUCCGUAUCGGGCCCAAUGGAGAAACCAUUAUCGAUGAAGAGUCUCUGUUUGUUGACAGAAAUGUUGGAGAUGAGACUGCAGACUACACUCAUGUCGAGGAGUCGGACGUCUCCAAAUUUGUGAAUUCUGGGACGUAUGGGAGGCGUUUCCGGGGUUCUCGCUGGAGUGCUGAAGAGACGGAGUUAUUCUACGAGGCGUUAUCGCAAUUUGGCGAGAACUACGAAUUAAUAUCUUAUGUGCUACCUGGUCGUGACCGCAAGUCAUGUAAGAACAAGUUCAAAGCUGAGGACAAGAAGAACUCGGCAAGAAUCAAUUACUGUUUGAACAACCGUCAGCCAUAUGAUAUGCAAACCUUGUCGCGAAUGACGGGAAAGGACUUUAGUGGCCCGACUCCAGAGAUACGACCUCCGCCUGUGCUUACACUUGCUGAGCCUGAGGGGGAUGAAGGAACAAUCCCAAAGAAACAGCCGGGUCAAACACCCGCUCUGGAAGAUAACGGGGAGGAGGUUCUUGGUGAUAUAUCUAGUUACUUAUAA